UCGAAGCAGGCCCUGGGGGAAAGCUGCCUUCCUGCGGGCUCAACUGCAGACCACCACCACAGGCCUAUGAGCUGCUGCAGCCAGCCUAUGUGCUGGCUUAUUUCCUCAGUCGCAUCUUCACCCGACGCCCUUGAAAUACUCCGUGACGACCAACGGGCUCAGAAACGGCACUCCCGUUGUUUCGACUGCCCCGCUGCGGCUCUGUCUGCGAGAAAACCGCAUAAUACUAUCCGAGCUGGCGCUAGGGGUUUCGCGGACUACGAACCGCCGCCGCGCAUAAUCACGAAACACCGCCUAGCAUCAUGUCACAUCUGUCACAGCGGGCCGGCUUGCGCGCGUCCGACGCGUGGCGCCCGCUCGAGUCGAAUGUCGUCCGCGCCGCUUCGUCGGAGCGGCGACGGAGAACCACUACUAGUUCUCUUCAACGGCGGGGCGCUUCGUCGCCACCUUCCCGUCAAAACUUGCGCCUAGCUCUGCUGCUGCCUCUGACUCUUAUAUGUUUAUCCGCGUUACACGGCGCAUCUGCCGCAAGAAAGCCGAAGAAAUCUGCUCCACCCCGGCCGCCUCCGCCGCCUCCGCCGUCCCCGCCGCCCCCCCCGCCGCCUGACUGUUCCUUCGCGGAGUCCCUCUCCGCCUUUGCGCUUUCCGGCGAUGCGGUCAGCGCGACCUACAAGCAAUGCCCCGCCAUAACACUCACCCCCGACGCCGCGCUGGUGGCGGGCGGCGCGCUCAACCCCUCCGCCAUUGUCCUCACCGACCGCAGCUCCUCCGCCUCUGCCUCCGCUUCCGCUUCCGCUUCCGCCAGUAACGCGUCGACUCCGAGCUGCGCGCCGCUGGAGUUCUCCGCGUCGUUCGCGUUCGUAAUAACGACCGCGAAGGGCGGAGGGGGGAAGGCGGGCGCGGGGCAGGGCCUGACGUUCUUCGUGACGGCGGACGCGGCGUGGGAGCCGGGCAGCGACAGCGGAUACCUGGGAUGGGGCGAGACGGGCGACGCGCCGAGCUUCGCUGUGGAGUUCGACACGUUUAAGGACACGUGGGAGAAGAACACUCCCACGCCGCACAUCGGAUUCAACCUGAACGCGUCCGUCAAAUCAGCGACUGCCAGCAAGUCAGCCAUCCCCGCUAUAAGCGACCCUAAGACGACAAAGUACAUCUGGAUCGACUACACUCUCUCAAAAAAAUCACUCUCCGUGUUCCUCAGCACCUCCAAGAAACGCCCCACUAAGAACAGCUUCGUUACAAGCUUCGACCCGUGUACACUUUUCCCAGCUCCUCAAGACAACCCCACCAGCAGCACGCCACUGUACGUGGGGUUCAGCGCGGCCACUGGCGCCAAGUACUACUCCGCGCACACGCUGCUAGGGUUUGACGUCACCGCCACCGUUGCUCCUGAGCAAACGGGUGGGGCAGAGGGCGGAGACGGGGGCGACGGGUCCGGUGAUGCGGGUGCCGGUGGCAGCAGUGGGAAUGUCACUGAUUCUGGUGGCGCUGGUGGCGCUGGCGGUGGUGGGAGUGGGAAUCUCACUGAUAGUGGUGGUGCUGGCGGUGCUGCUGGUGGUGGGAGUGGGAAUCUCACUGAUUCUGGUGGCGCUGGUGGUGCUGGCGGUGGUGGGAGUGGGAAUCUCACUGGUAGUGGUGGCGCUGGUGGUGCUGGUGGUGGUGGGAGUGGAAAUCUCACUGGUAGUGGUGGUGCUGGUGGUGGUGGAGGGGGAGCAGGGAGCACAUCUGGAGAUCCAAACGCCCCUGCGAACUACUUUCCAACCCGGGUGGGCGAUCGCUCCCUUGGUGGCCUGCCCGUCCCGCGUAACGACUCGCGGCCGAAGCUGAACAAGUGGUUCCACUACGCGUCGGUGUCGCUCAAGAUUGAGCGCAGCAACAACACAGCCAACUGGGCGUUCAAAGAGCACUCGGACGUCGACUGGCGGGCCAACCUGACUGCCGUGGUGGACCAGGACUCACCCAGUCUCUGCAGUUCCUGCUGGGCCUUUGCAGCGGCCACGGCCAUCGACGGUGCGUUACUGGGUUACCGCAUCCAGCCGCCGCAGCGUGUGUCGGUGCAGCAGUUGCUGACGUGUGGCGUGGACGACUGCGACGGGGGUUUCACCACGGACGCGUUUGAAUACGCCAUCGCACAGCCGCUGGUGUCCGCUGCCGUCUACCCCUAUGUGGCUAAUGACAGCACCACGUGCAACAGCAGCAUUAUCCAAGCCAGCCCCGGCGUGGCCAAGGUGCGCUUCUACGAGCGCGCCAACCUGCUGGGCCCUAUCGGGCUCAUGUUGGCGCUGCAGUUCCAACCGGUGGUGGUGCACGUGGAGGCGGACCAGGACUGCUUCCUCAGCUAUAACGGGACGUACAUCUUCUCGAAUAAGACGUGCUUCGCCAACCGCAUGGUGAACCACGUGGUGCUGCUGGUGGGGUACCACCUGGAGGAGGCGGGGAAGGCGGGGAGCUACUUCAUUCUGAGGAACAGCUGGGGAACCACCUGGGGCGACCACGGCCACAUGAAGAUCGGCUUUGAGCGCUCGCCCUUUGGGUACUGCGGCAUGUGGAGCGAACCGGGGUACUACCCCAUGCUGCCUGCCGUCCCUGGCAAGUGGUGUGCCGGCUUCCCCUGCGGUGCGGGCAUCUGCCACGAUCCGCCACAGCCGCCCAAGCCGGGGGAGCCGCCCAAGCAGUAUUACAGCUGUGACUGCGGCAAUGAGCCAUUCCUCAUCCCUGCCGUUAACGUGGACGGCACCGACACCUGUAUAGUCAAGACGGUGUGCAUGCUGCAGAUGCAGAACCCAUGUGGCGGCGGCAUGUGUGUAGAUGAUGGCAUCGGCGGCUACAACUGCACGUGCCCCGCCAACUACACCACCACCACCCGCCCCGAUGGAUCUGCCACUUGCAUUCCGCCGCCCCUCGCCUCCACCACAUACACCAUCCAAGAGGGCGACACGUGCGACACCAUCUGUGCUGCCAACAACAUCACCACCACCGAAUUUCAACAGAUGAACACGGCCGUCGACUGCAGCAGCAACCUGACAACGGGCGUGACAGUGAAUGUGACGUCAGCAUCGGCUAUCAAGAUGUGCAUCAACUACUACACCGCGCAGCCGAACGACACGUGCACGUCAAUCGAAACGAAGUUCUCUAUCGCCAACCUCACCGCUCUGAAUCCCGGCAUCAACUGCUCCAGCCUCACUACCAAACCACAGGUGUGCGUGGAGGAGGGCCAGGCACUGCCCCUCGCCUCUGUCACAACGGUGUGCACCGAGUACUACACGCUGAGCGCCACCGACACGUGUGCGAGCGUGCAGAGCGCUUACAGCCUCUCGGCCUCCGAGCUCUACAAGCUCAACCCCGGGCUCAACUGCAACAAUCUCAUCGACUACUCCGACUCGUCGCUCUGUGUGGCCCAAGCCAAGUUCGGAGCCUCCUCGUGCAACAAGCGGUACACGGUGAAAUCAGGCGACACGUGUGCGUCCAUCAUCUACAAGUACUUCCGCGGGAAGACCUCGUACGUCAGCUCGCUCAACAGCGGCUACGUCUGCACCUCCUCCACGCUCUAUGUCGGCCUCUCGCUCUGCGUCUACAACUUGUAACGGCAACUUGUAACCGUCGCCCACCACAACCUCGUUGUGAGUUUGGUCUGGCCUGUAUCGUACGCGGGCAAGCUCAACAGCGGCUAGUCUGCACCUCCUCCUCCUCUCCAUGCUCGUAUGGCGUCCUCUCACUCUGCCUCUACAACUUGUCACUGUCGCUUGCCUCCUCUUACAUAUACCAUUACUGGUUCGGUAUAUCUCUUGUAAUUUUAGUGGUAUUUGAUAUCAACAGUACAUCUUCUGAUUUGUGUCUGUGUAAGGUAUUGCUUUAUGCUGUAUUGUAAAUUGAAAGACACCGACGACUGCCUCAUGAGGGCCCUCCCCACCGCCGAGGGGAAUGGACAUGCCGCCGAGAGGGCGGGGGCCGCUGCACCAGCCUCUGACGUUCAAGCCGCCGCUGCCGCCGCUAGGUGGAAACCUAGAACAAAUACUAGUUGGUUGUACUCACUAGAAGCAUACCUCAGUCUAGCCUAUAACUUCUACAUAGAUAAUAUGUAUAAGUUGACACACCCCCUAUGCUAGACAAGGGGUGAAACUAAACAAGAAGCAAACAG